UCAAAGUUUACACGCCGUUCACACCCACACAAGCGAAGGUGCCCACAGGGGGGGAAAAAGUCUUCCCGUGAAAUAUGAGAGGAAAUACCAUCGUCAUUACUCAGCCUCAUGCUGCUCGAAUGAUCUUUUAAAUGCUAGACCGAAAGUCUUUCGUGACACGGGGCUGAGUACAUGACAGAAUUGCGGGUGAGAAAGUCAAAAUGUAUGCUGAAAACAAAGCCAUUGAGCGUGAAAGGUUAUCAGCUGUCGAAUGCGUUUUAAAAUUAAUGACAGGUUCGAUAAAGUGCGUUCCACCUCAGAAAACACCGAAAGGUCAUGAACAGCACGGACAAGGCUUUUGAUCGGCGCUGACAGUACAUCCUUAAACAAAAACCGAAAAUGCGCAUGUCUGUGCUGUUUAAAACACUGUACACAAUGGUGCGGGAUGGGUGUGAGAGAGAUAAAAGAAGUGUGAUGUUUCUAUCGAGCUUUUGUGGACGACGUGUUCGACGUAAGAUACGGGCCACUUUGGCGUACAUCAAAUUGCCGAGAACCCUAAAAAGCGGAAAUACUCCUAAAACAAUAACCAAUAAACAGAUACUGAGGACACUCCAGUCAAUUAUCGACUAGCAUAUAACCCUCACAGCGUAAAUCUCACAUGCGCUGAUGUGGUAAAACUGGCAUAACGACUAAUAAAGUGCUUAUGAGUGUGUAAUAGGCCUGUCUGCACAAAGGAAACGACCUCCUGCAUCUUUUCCUUUAUUUUUGCAGCCUUUUCCUGUUUCAAAAGGUAGACGCAAACGCUCGAUAACAAAAUAAACACUUCAAUUACAAUUGUGUUGUUUCUCCAGCACAAAACGACUAAGGAUGCAAUGAAUGCAAUGACUAAGCAAAUCCUGCCUUACACUAGCUUUUGCAAAAGUUGAACAAAUGACAGAGUUUACAUUUUUGAGGGAGAAACUAUCCAUUUGAACGGGCUUAACUUAAACCUCCAGGUUUCUCAAGAGUGUUUUAAGGGGGUCGACGACACGUUACUGACACCACUGAACAGAGACGCCUUUUCAAGAAAUAAGUAUUUCCAGCUUGUCAACAAAAACCGGUUCCUCGAGGUAAAGGAAUAACGUCAUGUCUCUCACACUAUUUCCACUGUAUUCAGUCAGACUAUAAACAGCAAUAUCUGGACCCGCGUUAUGUUCAAAUGGGAUUCAACUACAGCAUGACUCCUCUCUCUCUCUAUAUAUAUAUAAAAGAACUGACAAAUCCUCCAAAGCAACAUUCAGGAAACCAUACAUGUUUCUUAAGACAACCCGAUCUUAUCUGAGUGUAUACACCAAUAGCAGUGAUGUUUAAUACCGCUGAUUACAAGAUGCACGGUUUACACCCAACGCCAGAAGGACAGAGCGCACUUUUUCCAGGUAAUUCGGAUGACACAAUGGAAGAAAAAAAUAAGAAACGUAAGAGCCCCAAACCAUCUUCCAACCAGCCUCCUCCCUCGAUCACCGCACGAAAAACCACAUCCGGCGGCAGAUCGCUCGGUGUUGGCGGUACACACUCCAGCCAGAGAACAAAGUAUCGCAGGGGAGUGCGAGACAAGCCAAGGCCUCAGAGUCAGUCGGGGAAGAGCAACCAGUCUGCCCACAUCCAGCACUCGUUUCUCACGGACGUGUCUGAUGUUCAGGAGAUGGAGAAGGGGCUGCUCGGCCUUCUUAACGACUUCCACUCUGGAAAACUGCAAGCUUUCGGCAACGAGUGCUCUAUUGAUCAGAUGGAGCAUGUGAGAGAAAUGCAGGAAACGCUGGCACGUCUGCAGUUCGAUCUGUAUGGAGAAGUGGAUGAGCUGCCAGAAGACCAGAGGAAGUCCGCUUACGACACCAACAUGGAUAAACUGUUAUUAAAUCUGGAAGAGUUGAGCUCCUCAAUACAAAAGCUCAACCUUGCUGACAGUCAAGAUGUCCCCAGAACAUCUAGCAUAUGAACGGCGAAAGCUCGACCAUGGAGAAUACAGUGUGCAUAUUUAGCACAGAAACGCUGUGGAGAAACAGCAGUAUUACAGGCGUAACAGUGACACUGGAUCUUAAACUUGUAGAAUUGGUCCGCUUGGCUUGUUUGCACUCUAUAGUUUUAUAGAUAUGAUAUCAAAGAACAAAUCCAAACAGUUGUGAUGGAAACACUCACUUGUCCUUCUCAUCACCCGUUACGAGAAAUAUAUGUUCAUGAGGUAAUGUUCGAUAACGUUGUGGUUUCUAAUCUUAUGCUUAAAUGUUGCCUUGGAGUUGUACAAUAGCAGCACCUUCGCAUUUUCACUAAUUCACUUUAACAAGGAACCGAUGGGCUCCGUCUGUAUUUAUGCCCUGUCUCAAGGGAAUGAACGAAAGAAAAUGGCAGAUUAUUUUCAUCGAGACGUCAGUUUCUCGAGACUGCAGAAUGAAAGUAAAAUUGUAUUGUAUAUUUUUGGUUAUAGUCCUAUUUACAUAUUUUAUUUUGAAUUGAAAUGUUGGAAAUGUAAAGCGUAACAUAGGCUACUGGCUGAUUGUUGAUUUUUAUUCAUUUUUCUGUCAAUAAAAUUCAAUUGUAUUACCCCA